AUGUGCACUCCCUACGCUAAUAGCCCCGGCUUUGCUGGCGAUGACCAGGAGGAGUUUCCGUAUGACGUGGAAGAUGACGUCUGGGGCCCUGUCGAGCCGCUCGACGAAUACAAGCGCGACGGGUUCCAUCCCAUCAUUUUCGGCGACCGACUCGGUGCAAACGGCCGCUUCCGAGUGGUAAGCAAGCUCGGGGCCGGUGGCUACGGCACCGUUUGGCUGUGCGAGGACACACUCUCUCCGACCCUCAAGUGGCGUGCAGUCAAGGUCAUGUCCGCCAAAGCCUCCAAACCCGACUGCGAAGAGCUUCGCGCAUUGGAGGUCUUCCGCAGCAUCGAUCGCUCAAUACUCGAAAACGACUUCCACCUUUCCGCCCCGCUCGAGUACUUUUGGAUCGAUGGCCCCAAUGGCCGCCACCUUGCCCUCGUUUUUUCUCUCUGCGCCACUACCGCCGAGCAUUUCUUCGCAAACUACGGCCACCAUCGGACUCUGGUCAAGGACCUCUGCUUCCAGCUCGUCAAAUCUCUCGAGCUUAUGCACUCACGCGGUCUCUGCCAUGGCGAUUUCCGACCCUCCAAUAUCAUGUUCCGCCUUCGCGACGGCAUCGACUCGCUUCCGGAAACCGAACUCCUGAAACACAUGUCGCCGCCAAAACCUGCCCGCGUCAUCUCCAUCGAGGACGAAAAACCCGUCACUCGCGCCUCUGCUCCUUCCGUCCCCGAAUUCCUCAGCCCGUGCACAAGCAUCCCCUACCACAGCGGUCUCUGCGCCACCAAGCUCGCCGUGACCGACUUCGGGGUGUCCUACUCCGCCUCUAACCCGCCCGUGGAGGGAUUCACCGGUAUUCCGACCCGAUAUGCUUCUCCCGAGGAGCGCUUCAGGAUACGCGAACUUCUAUCGUACCCGUCUGACAUGUGGUCCCUGGGCUGCGUCAUUUCCUGGCUGGCCAUGGGGUUCACCCCCUUUGGCCAUGAAGGGGAUGGUGCGUGGAUGGACGAGCUGUCGAUCAACAUGGAAAAAAACAUGGGCCCCAUGCCUGAGCCCUUUAGGGCAAAGUUCCGCGAGGAGCAUGACCAACAGACUCCUGUGGAGGAAUUGGGAAAGGCAAAGAGCGAAUUAGACUUUCUUACCGAGAUGGCGAAGCUGGAGUUUCAGCGGCACAAAGAGCAACAAAAUGUGGACGGAAAAAGCGGAAGAUACCUCCAUUCCGGGUGGGACGUUUGGAGGAGCAGGAUAACCCGCUCGUCGGGGACCAUGACGAGCAUGACUGCCGGGGAAGUCAAGCAGAUGAGCGAGCAGCUGCAGAACAACCCUUCCCAACUCCCUUGCUCGGAGUUACGCCAGCCCGACAGCAAGACACGUCGGGACUCCGAUGACGCGAUGUCCGUGACAAUGGACGAGAAAGAGAUCGACCAACUCUUUGAUCUACUCAUUUCCAUCUUCAAGUGGCAUCCCAAGGACAGGGCGACAAUUGAGCAGGUGCUCAAUCAUCCGUGGUUCGAGGGGCGGAAUUGGAAUGCUGCAAAGGUGCCAUCUCCGGUUACAGCCAAGAAGAGCGUGGUGGAUGAGGCCAUCGAGAGCGUCAAGUCGUACCUUUAUGUCAACGUCACCAGCCGCUGGGCUCAGGGACUCUCUUAG